AUGGCAGAAAACAUCAAGGGCGCCCUGGACCUCACCCGCCAGGAGGCAAUGGCCAUCGCCGCCCUCGCCACAGCAGGGAUCUACAACGCCGUCGAAAUCUACGUCCUCAUCUUCAGCACCUUUCGCCAGCGCCGCGGCCGCUACUUCUGGAGCAUGGUCGUCGCCAACACGGGCAUCUUCGUCCACGCCAUCGUCUCGCUGAUUCGCUACCUCCGGCGCGGCGGCACCAUUGUGCCUGGCGCCUUCGCGCUGCUGGCCUGGUGCGCCAUGGUGACGGGCCAGUCCGUCGUGCUGUGGUCGCGGCUGCACCUCGUCGUGUACAAUCGCACGUCGAUACGCCUCGUUCUCGCCAUGAUCGUCGCCAACGGGUGCGCGAUACAUAUCCCCACGGCGGUGCUGUGGGUUCUGUGCUGGGCGACGCCAGCGGGGGAGCAGGCGGGUUGGAUUGAGAAGUACGGGGUUAUAUAG